UGCCAACAGGGCACCUUCGAUCGAUGGGCUGCUGUCAACAGAAUCUUAUAAUUUUUUAUAAAAAUAGAAGUAAUUCCUGCAACAGGCCAAGAUUUUUGAUUUAAGUAACCGGAGCGACAUCCACGUUAUAUCUGCUCCAGCAGUGCCAGGAUAAGCGGUGAAAAUAGAGCAAUUGCAAAAGUGAAAGUGGAGUGUCGUGUCGGAUCCAUGAUAGUGAGGGUGUUCGUCGGCGCGGCAGCAUAUGUUAAGGCGGGUGAGGCGGCGGCGCAUGUUACGUAAGGCGUGCUAGCGGCAUGUCGUGGCCGCAGCGGGGCGGCGCGGCACCCGCGCACCCGCAGCACCCCCAGCGGCCGCCGCAGGGUUACAACAAUCAACAGAACAUGUAUCCCAAUUACCAAGGAGCAGCUGCACCCCCCACAGGCAACACUCAGCAGCAGUACUGGCAGUCACAGCAGCCGGCGCAGUACACCCAGCAGUAUGGGCAGGUUUACCAGCAGCAGGACUAUGGGAACAAUGCCAAUCAGUUUUACCAGCAGCCACCGCAGCAGCAAUAUAAUCAAAAUUAUGCAAAUCAGGGCUACACCAACCCUCAGCAACAAUACCCACAGAACUAUUAUCAGAAUCAAGGAGUGCAACAGCAGAAUUACCAAGGCCAACCAAAUACUGAUAGUUGGGAAGACAACUGGGACUGGGGCUGGGAUGAGUCGACGAAACAAGCCCAGCAGAACAGUGCAGCACACCAGGCUCCCGCUACCCAGCCCGUCCCACCUGCGCAGAACCAGCAGGUCUAUAAUAAUGCCAAUGUUAUAGAGGAAAGUUUUGCAUCCACUGACACUUGGAACUGGUCUAUGGAAGAUAAGAAAGAAUCUAAACAACCUGUUUCAACAAAGCAAGGGGUAGCCACAUUACAACCUGAAAAUACUCCAGAGAACAAUGCUGUUAGUGAGCCACCACCUCCAAGAAGUGGUAGUAAUUUGUCAACUCAUGCUCCCACUGAGGAAGUGAAAACUCUGGGUGACAGAGAAGUAGUUAAAGAGCGAUUACCAAAUUUGGCCUUAGGCAAGAGGUUUAACUUAGAUAAUCUCACACCUCAGUGGUCAAUAGAGUCACAGAUGUCACAGGAGUCCAGCGAUGGACCACAGACUCAUUCUGAAGGUACAUACAGAAGUGAUAAUCCUUCUAGAAACUCUAGUAAGAGCAGUCCAGGGUUAAAUACAGAAAAUUCUAAUUUUAAUUAUUCUCAAUCAGCAUUAGAUGAAUAUCCUCCUAGCAAUGAAUGGUCUCGCCACUCCAAUGAAGAGCCGACACUGGUGGACAGUGUGCACAGCGGCAGUAGACGUGAAAGCCACGAUGACUUAGCUAGUUCCUUACAUGAAAUGAGCAUUACCAACAGAGAAAACCCUGCACCUGAACAUCAUCCAGUGAAUAAAGAGUCAAUAAAUGCUCCCCCGGCGUCGGUGUCGCCAGCGCACCCGCCGCCACAGGGGUCUCCAUUCAUGCCUCCACCACCUGCUGGUCAGUCACUUGCACCAUCAGUGGCACCGGCUGCAGUUCCUCCUCCUCCAUCAUCUGGGAUUAUUCCACCACCUACUAGUUUUCCACAAACAUCAUCGGCGACCAAUCCUUUUAAACAAUCUGGACCAUUUUCGCACAAAAAAGGCCCCUCAGCUAGCUCGUCCAUGCCCACGUUCCCUCCACCCACGUCCAACACCAACCUGUCGUCGCCCAACGUUGUCAAUAAACUAGGUCAACACAGAAUGCCCAUCGCUUUCGGAGCUAAUCUCGAAACUACGCCUGAUAACUCGGAGCGGCCAGAUCAACCUCAAAUGUCAGCUUUGAGGCUGGUACCUGUCGCGCAGCAGAUGCCCGAAAAUUUGGAAGUCGCGCCGCAAAACGACAGGAACGAAUAUCUGCAGACCGCCCACCUGUCCAGCGGGGAUUACGGGGAAAAUACAGACUUCAGUCGCACGGCGCCCCCGCCAGGACUGCGGCGUAUGGUGGUCGGCCAGCAGGAGUCCGAGUACAACCAGAAUCUGAACAUGUCUGGAGACGAGCCGCCCCCGGGACUCGCCAGGAUGGUACCGGGACAGCAGACGGAGGCUGACAACAGCUACAACCAACCAUCAGAUAACUUCAUGGACCGCCACGUGGACGGGCAGCCCACGGACGGCGGCGGGCGUGUGUACCUGCAGGCGGACGGGCAGCCCACGCCCGACAGCUACCCGCAGCCGUCCGCGCGGCCCGAGCGCCGGCCGCGGGGGCUGGCGCGCCUCGUGCCCGGCGAGCCCAGCGACGCCGACUACCCGCAGUACCCGCCCGAGCAGCGCGUCGUCACGGGGCUCGACCGCGACUACCCGCUGCCCGACGACGCCGGUCCGGCCGACGUCCGCGAGCAGAACAUGGACGGCUCCGACUAUUCCGAACAGACUCCUAGAAGUGCUCAGAGAAACGUGAUCGGCAACGAUCCCUCGCAGAGCUUCAACCCGUUGAGCGGGGAGCAGCAGAGGGAGGUUACCAUGGAAGGAGAGAAUUUACAAGAUCUCAGCGCUAUAUCGGCGGAUAUCACGUACUCUAGGGAGCCGGCCGUCGACGGCGCCGACGUCACCGUGACGGACAUGGGAGCGGACAGGAAGACCGACCACUCGGACUCGAUGGAGCACGCGGCGACGAGCUCCAGGAGGCAGUCUCUGAACCGUGUCAACACGUCCGGCGAAGAGUCCGACCGAGACCGGGCAUUCAAGGCGUCACCGAGAAGAGACAAGCACAAGUCCUCGCGGGACCGCGACCGAGACCGCGACGCCGAGGGCCGGUACUCGCGGGGCGACAGGAAGUACGACAGGGAGCGGGACGGGGAGAGGAAGCCGACGCGGGACAAGGACAAGGCGGAGCGCGAGCGCCGCGACCGCGACGACAGCCCGCACUCGCGCCGCCACCGCCGCAGCACGCGCAGCCGCCGCUACGAGACCGAGGACACCGACUACUACAGCGACAGGGAGAGGGAGCGCAGGUCAUACCGCGAGGGCUCGUACGCGUCGAAGCCGCCGCGGCCGGAGGACAAGGACCGCCGCUACGAGCGCGAGCGGUCGCGGCGCUACAACACCAUCGAGCGCGACCGCCGCCCCGACGACGAGCGGUGCCGGCCGCGCGACGAGCGCCACCGCAGCGAGCGCCACCGCGAGCCGCGCUACGAGCCGCGCUACCGCGACAUCGACCCCACGCGCAAGCACGGCAACCUGCGCGCCGAGCGCGAGGACGACGAGCGCCGCCGAGUGACGUUCUCGAGCCAGGCCAAAGAUAGUAGUAGUAAAGAAGGCGAGGUGUACUCGUCGGCGUCGCGGCCGGGCUCGCGCGAGGCGCCCGCCACCGACGAGGAGCCGCUGGACGCCGCCGACGCGCGCCGCCGCGAGCGACGCCGCCACGCGCGACACGAGCGCAGCGACCGCAGCGAGCGUGCCGACCGCAGCGAGCGGCCCGACCGCCAGGACCCAUACUAUGACAUGUCGGGCUACGGCGGCGGCGCGUACGCGGCGGGCGGCUACGGCUCGCUGCAGCUGCAGCGCGCCACGUACGAGUACUACGAGCGGCUGCGCGUGUCCGACCCGCACGCCUACCUCGUGGUGUACAAGCAGCUCAUGGCGGGCCGCGCGCCGCCGCCGCCGCCGCACCUGCUGCACCUGCAGCACCUGCAGCUGCAGCACGAGCCGCGCGCCAAGCACGCCUACCCAGUGUACGGUGUGGGGUACGAGGGUCGCGAGGACCGCGGCAGCGUCCACUCGGGCCGCUCCAGCACCAACGGCCUCAAGGGGAACGACACGUACUUCAUGGGCGGCGCGGGGCUGCGCUACGACGCGGGGUCGCUGCGCGGGAACGCCUCGCUGCUCACUGACGCCUCCGACAGGGAGCUGAACACGGACGCCUCGCUGAACCUGCAGCUGGAGGAGUCCACGGUGCGCUCCGAGCGCAUGACGCCCUUCAAGUUCUCUACCGCGCACAUCAAGGGCAGCAUCGGGUCGCGGCACGUGGUGGUGGUGCGGCCGUCGUACCCGGUGGACGGGCUGCCGGCCACCGUGCAGAUCCUGUCCAUGGCGGCCGCGUGCGCUCGCGACCCUAUGGCGCAGGACCUCGCCGCGUACCCCGGACCACUCGUCAAAGGCGUGACGCACAAGAAGAGCGUGAUGGAGUACUGCGCGCUGCGCGUGCGCGGCGCGGCGCGGGCGGCGCCGCGGGACGUGGCGGGGUACGCGCUGCUGUGGGACCUGCUGGCGCUGCUGCUGCGGCAGAACGGGGUGGUGGUUGGCACCGACAUCGCCGAGCUACUCAUGAAGAACACGAAGGAAUACGAAUACAAACCUUUGUCCGCUAAGAACUCAUCCCACAACGGUAACGAAAGUCGUCGCGGCUCGUCGCUGUCCGGCCGCGAGGACGAACGCGCCUGGUCGCCGGAGCAACCCUCCGUCUCCACGUCCGAUCUCACACCUCAAGAGGAGUCCAGCUCGCCCAGCCAGGCUCCAGUGGACGAGAAGGUGGCGCUGGACCGGCUGCGCGAGUACCUCACCUACGGCAACCGGCAGGAGGCGCUCGAGUGGGCGAUGAAGUGCGGGCUGUGGGGGCACGCCAUGGCGCUGGCGGGCAGCAUGGAGCGGCGCGCGCGGGCCGGCGUGGCGGCGCGCUUCCUGCGCGCGCUGCCGCACACCGACCCGCUGCACACGCUGUACGCGCAGCUGCAGGCGCGGGCGCCGCCCGCCGCCACGUGCGUGACGGACGAGCGCUGGGCCGACUGGCGGCCACACGCGGCCAUCAUGCUGUCCAACAGCUCGGCCAAACCCGACCAGGACAGACGCACACUCGUGCAACUAGGAGACAGCCUGUUGUCCCGCGGGCAGCUAUACUCCGCUCAGUUCUGCUACGUGUCAGCGGGCACGCAGCUAGAGCGGCACCCGCUGGCCCCGCUGGCGCCCCCCGCCGCCGACGGCGCCGCCCCCGCCGCCCCGCGGCUGGCGCUGCUGCUGGCCGACAGCCGCGCCACCAGCCUGGCGCAGCUCGCCACCAACCACGCUAUAUUCGCCACAGAGAUCUACGAGUACGCGCUCUCGCUCAACCAGGACUUCGUUAUCAAUGAGCUGCAGGUGUACAAGCUGGUGCUGGCGACGCGGCUGGUGGACGUGGGCCAGUACGAGCGCGCGCUGGGCUACGUGGAGGCGGCGGCCCGCGCCGUGACGCGCGCCCCGCGGGCCUUCCCGCCCGCGCUCGUGGCGCGCCUGGCCGACCUCGCCGACAGGCUGAAGUACCACGACCCGGCGCUGGCGGAGGACCCGCCGCUGGUGGACGAGCCGCCGGACAGCGCGGAGCCCUCCCCGCGCCACCAGCAGCAGUGGCUCGACGACGUCAAGAACAUCGCGCACAUGCUCACCGCGGAGGCCUCGCAGCACACGACGCCGCAACACACGACGCCGCAGCACAACUACUACGACAACAGCGGCAACAACACCAACAUCGGCUGGGACGAACAGGCGCAGCAGCAAUACCAGCCGCAAACGUACGCCGAGCCGGAAGAAUCCCCAGACUACUCGCAGUACUACCAACAACAGCAACAGAGCCAGCUACAACAACAACAAGAGCUGCAACAACAGCAGUUGCUUCAACAACAACAGCAACAGCAGCAGCUGCAGCAGAGCGCGGCCGCGCCGGCGCCGGCGCCGCCCGCCGACGAGUGGCCGCGCGCCGACGAGGCGGCGCCGCCCUACGACACCUACUGGCAGGGGGACAGCCUCUACUCCUACGGCGAGGGCGGCGGCGAGGCCCCGCGGCCCAUGAUCACCAUGCCGGGCUCCGGCGGGCCGCCGCGGGCGCACUCCGACUACGGCGACGACCCGGACAACAGCGCCGACCAACAAGACCGCGACACGCAGACACCGAAGGCCGGUCAGAGCAAGAAGCAAGAGAAGAAAGAAGACGGCAAGCCGGGCGGCGGCGGCUCCGGCGGCGGGUGGCUGGGGGGCAUCCUCACCAAGCUGUCGCUGCGGCCGCCCAACCAGAUGAUCCUGCCCGACGACAAGAACCCCACCAUCGUGUGGGACGCGGAGCAGAAGCGCUGGCGCAACCUGGACGGGGACGAGGACGCGGCCGCGCCGCCGCCGCCGCCGCCCGCCCGCGGGGACCUGCCGCAGCUGCAGAACAUGAUGAACGCAAUGGGCGGCGCGCCGCCGGCCGCGGGCGCUCCGCCCUCCGCGCCCGUCUCCAAUAUCUUCAAGAUGCAGAAAGGCAGGCACAUAAAGAAGUCGUACGUGGACGUGUUCAACCCGCCGGGCGCGUCCCCCGCGGCCCCCCCGCCGCCCCCCGAGCUGCUGGCGCCGCCCCCCGCCCCCGCCGCCGCGCCCGCCAACUACUUCGUGCCCGCGCCCGUGCACCAUGAACAGAGCGGUAUCUACGACCCGAUGCAAGAGAGCGAAAUCGAUGCGAUCCGCAGACAGAGCGGCAUCUAGCCGCGACCACGCGCCCACGUGACCACGCGACCUCACACCAGCUUACCAACUAAACACUUUAGUUGUGCUCUAGUGACGAACAGUGCUCGAACCGACUGCAGCUGGCGCGGUGCUUUCACUAUAUCACCACGUCAUCUUCACCUUUCUUUUCUUCAAUGCCCGAGAACAUAUUUUACUUUACAAGUUAAAGCUGCAUUAUAUUUUCUAUACUCGCAAUACUCUCUGAAAUCACCGUCCAAGCUGCAGAUCAACACAGUUUUGCUCAUAGAAUAGGUAAAUAAUCAUUUCACGGUACGAAUGAAUGACUGUGUAUUCCAUUUUCAUGUAUUUCUAUUAUUUCGCUACGAAUAGGUUUAUUUCAUUCCUUGUAUUUAAAUCGGGCAGAGCCAUUUCUAGUGUCCCACAGUAGACAUGACGCGAUAGUAAUGUUCAUAAUAUAUUGUGAUGUCAGUUAUAAGAGAGCUGUGGGUUUCAACAUAAUAUAUCAAAAUAAUAAAUUUGUAUUAUUUUUCCUUUUCCUUGAAUUUUGUUAUUUAAUAUUUCAUUAUUUUUAUAAUUUAGCGCGCAGUAGGAGAUAAUUUAAUAAGAUAUAUUCGGAUUUGGGUUGUUUCUGUAUUGCUUUAAAAUGGUGCAAUAAAUUGUUUUCAUUUUGUCAGCUAUAAAUAGACAAUAAUAGAUCUAUUAUUAUUAAAACAUUUUCCAUUGUCAUUCUUAAUUUCCAGACUUUAUUCCAAUCGUAUAUGUAAAAUGUUGAAUAUGUACAGAUAUCGAUGAUGUAAUGUAUAAGGAGGCAGCCGGAGGCGGCCAGCUUGUAUAAAUGUGGAGUGCCGCAGGGGCGACACGGGCCCGGGUCCCGCGGCCAUCUGUAUAUUAGGACCACCGCGAGUCGCCGGCAUAGAUGUAAUUUGCAAUGUAUUUCAAAAUGUAUUAUAAUAAUGAUGAUUCAAACUAUGGAAAAUAUUUAAAUAAACUGUUUAUGUUAAUGCUUA